AUGCCAGAGCUCGCCCGAGACGAGCAGCAGAACUCGCCUGCUCGGGCCAGCGCACACGCAGCGGAAGCGACGGAUGGCAAGCCACGGUCGCGGUGGUCGUCUCACACCACCUUCCUCCUGGCAUCAAUCGGCUCCGCGAUCGGAUUUGGGAACGUGUGGCGCUUUCCGAUGAUGGCCUACAGCUACGGAGGCGGUGCGUUCAUGCUACCCUAUCUGAUCGCGCUCUUCUUUGCUGCAAUACCGAUGGUCGUGCUCGAGUUUGCGCUCGGGCAGCGGCUUCAGCGUGGGCACGUGGCGCUCGUCGCGCACAUUGCCCCUCGGUGGGAAGGGCUCGGCUGGGCCACAGUCGUGGGCACCUUCCUGAGCGCCCAGUACUACCAGACGCUGCUCGCCUACUGCCUCGUCUACUUGGUGAACGCGUUUCGAGACCCGCAGCCGUGGGCGGUCGAGGAGGCGGCGCGUUCUCUCUCCGAGUCGAGCUCCAGCCUGGACGGAGCGGAGGCUAGCUCGGGGCUGCAGCCCGGCUCGGGGGAGGCGGGGGGCGAGACGGAGGCGGACGCGGCGCUCGCCGCGGUGCGUUCCUUCUGGCGCGAGGAGGUGCUGCAAGUCUCCUCCGGCGUCGCCGAGACGGGCGGGCUUGUCGGCCCGCUGUAUGCACUCGUCUGGGCGGUGGUCUGCCUCGGCGCGUGCGACGGCGCCUCCUCGAUCGGCGCGCUCAACAAGCUGCUGAUGCCGAUGCCGUUCGCCGUGCUGGCCGCCUUCUUCGCGCGCGCCGUCACGCUGCCUGGCGCCGGCGCCGGGAUACGCACCCUCUUCUCGCCAGACUUUGCCGCGAUCUGCGAGCCGCUCGAGUCGCUCGUGCAGUCGGGACCCGCUCUCGCCUUCCAGGUUUUCCCGAUCGCGAUGGGGCUGAUGCCGCUGCCGCAGCUCUGGGCCGCCCUCUUCUUCCUCAUGCUGCUUAACCUCGGCAUCUCCUCGGCCGUUUCGAUGACCUCGCCGCUCACCACCGCCCUCUGCGAGCGGCUUGGCACGACUGCUCGCCGCGUCGCCCCGCCCCUCCACCUCCUCGGCUUCGUCAGCGGCCUAAUCUACGUGUCGCGCGCGGGCACCUACUGGCUCACCCUCUCUGACCACUUUGUGCCCAUGUUCCUCACCAUCGUGGUGGGGCUCUCCCAGUGCCUCCUCGUCUCCCUCGCCUACGGCGCGCGGCGGCUGCUCGAGUCCCUCCCUCCCGAGGACCAGCGCCUCGCGCCGUGGUGGGCCUUUUGCUGGCAGUGGCUGCUGCCCGCUACCCUCUCGCUGCUGCUGCUCGCGCAGGUCAUCCACGAGGGCUCGAGCCCGUUCGGAGGCUUCCCCGGCUGGGCGCUCGCCGUCGGCUGGGUCUACUCCUUGGGCCCGCUGCUGCUCGUGCCGCUAUUCUAUUGCGCGCACGCUCGCGCGCACGGCGGGCGGAGAGGGGGCGGAGUGAUGGGCGCCGUUCGCGCCGGGCUUGAGCUCGGCGCGGUGCGGGCGCGAGCUCGCACCAGCAGCAGCGCCGUGCCAGAAGUGUCCCGCGUCGCGCUCGCAAGCAACGAGAUGUCACGCGUAGCGCCACCCGUUGACGAGGACCUCUUCUCGGUCGUCGUCCUUACCGAGAGCGAGCGCCCGGGCGCAGCGCCUCAGUCCGAGCCUGACCAUGCCAAAGGCUCAAACGAGAUGGCUGACGGCUAG